AUGGAAAUGUUUGCUAAAGUCAAAGGGUCCAAAACACCGGGCAGGGAUGUGGCAGACAUGAUGGAGAGGAUCCGCGAACAGAUAAACGGGAGACUUGAGGACAGCGAGCGGGCCCGAAAGGAGAGAGAAGAAGGAGAAAAGAAGCAUAGCGGAGCCAAGGGAAAAGGGAAAAAGAGGACAAGACAAGAGGACCAGGGUAAAGGAAACAAGGGAAAAGCGAAAGAACGGAGGAUAUGGAAAGAUGAGGAUGAAGAGGAUCUAAACAAAACAUUAAUGGAGGCAGCGGAGGCGGUAGAGGAAGCGGAGGCGUCCAUGAGCGAGUUUGAUCAGAUUUUCAGGUGGGAAGAAGAUAGCUCGCAGGAUCUGCCACGCCCAAGCAGCAGCUCUACGCCGACACUAAGGGGAGAAGGUAUCAAGGAAACUGGAGGAAGGAGGAGCAGCAAAGGCGGAGACAACGAGGAGAACACAGUAAGAGGCAAGAAGAGGAGCAGCAUACCGAUGGCGACGGAGGAGGAGAGACUCGAGCAAGAAACCGGAAAAGUCAAGAUAAGGCAGGUCGAAAUAUUACAGCCGGUAGUUAAGGUCAUGCGGCUACAAACUGACGAAGCUAGGGGUAGUAAGAUGGAAGCUGUAGGCAAGGGAGAAGAAGAGACAGGGACGGGAGCGAAGCAGGAGGAGGAGCAAAAGCUCAUAAGAUUGAUUAGGGAAAUGAGGGCCAACUUCGAAAAAGACAAGGAGGCCAGGGGUAAACGGAGCGAGGAGAAACGGGGGGAUGAUGACGAAAACAGAAAACGGGACGAAGACAGGGAAAUCAGAGAGGGGAAGAAGCAGAAAGAAGGAGGAAAGGAUGUGAAGAAGGAAAGGGGGACAAGAAGGGAAGGAAAGGGGGGAACAGAGGAGAAGAAGUUAUACUUAUUAAGUAUCCCAGAGAAGAUAUAG